AUAUUCAGGAAUGUGAGAUAGCACUCGACACUGGCUGAAGUAUUGAUUUGUAACUUUAAUUCGAAAAGCUGGAUCGUGUCCUUGCGGUGCGCGGUGUAUAUUCGUUUGUUACUUUUUCAAGAUUAAAGAUUAAGCAGUUUUAAAGUGGAAACUAGUAGAAAUCGAAAGGUAAACUUAAUGUGUCGCACGUAAAUUAGCACCGAAUAUACUUAAGAAGGAUGCUCCCUUACGACCGAAAACAUUAAUAUUAGGCAAUAACGAUUGACCUUGCACACGUGUUCGACAUAAACAAAUGUAUAUCAUUGUAGAAAUAAAACACAGGUAGGACCGGUACCAAUUUAGCGGGGUCUAAAAACUUUUCUUCAAUUAAUCCUAAAGUGGAUGCAAUAUAAAAUUGACGAUAAGGAACCCUUCUGAACGGAGUACAGGAUUGUAACACAUCACAUGGUUGUCUUUCAAGAUCAUAUGGAAAUUUAUAUUACUCCCUCAAUACAGUUAACGAAUAACUCAGCCAUUGAUGCGCGAAUAAAAACAUCCUAGAUAUAGUGUAAAAUGUUUGUCGUUGAGCUUCCGUGUGGUUGAUGUCAUCCUUAGAACUUGAUUGCAAAUUAGUUUUGGGAGAUAUUACGUAUGGUUCAUCAUUCAGCAGCAAUUCCAUGAAAAAAGGAUUCACCUUUGCUCUCAAACCAUCUUUGUUCAUUUUGUUAUGGAAAGUUAUGGAAAAGUUCUACACUCGUAUGUUUUUUAUGUGUCUAUGUAGGACGGAAGCUUAGCGUAGGACUAUAAUUGUUGGGAAGUUUUUUUUUAAUUUAUAUAUUAGAAUUUUCCAAAUAUAGACACGAGUGACGAUGUCGUUGAUGCAUCUAUAAUGGAAUAAAAAAAAUCGAGGGGUUGUAUCCGAGACACGGCCGCUUAGGACGUAGGGCUACGCAAUUUUUUUUAUUUAUUUUUUUGAAAUUUGUUGGUUUAUCAUUUCGGAUAUACAGGUCAGACUCGAUUAUAUGUGAUUCGAUUAUAUACAAUUUUAGACUCGAUUGUAUACAGUUUGGAUUUUUUUUAUAUUUCAAAUAUAACUUAUUUCAAGAAGAAAUGUAACCUUUCAACGUUAAGGUGAAGUUUAAGUGGUUUUUGCAUGUACAAUGGUGUAAAAAUCGUGAUUUUUGAAGAUUUUGCUUGAACUUUCACCAAGAAUUGUUUAACAGCCAUUAUUGCAGCCAAAGUAAGAAAGAUCGAAGUUGGGUUUCAUGGAACAAAUUGUAGAGCGAUUAGAGAGCUUCAACUUAAUUGAUAGAAACAAUCUAGUUUAAGGUGAAGGUGGAAGCUAGCCACAUUUCUAUCAUCUCCCUCCCUUACCCCUCGCCCGAAAAUCAAUAAUUUUGCGAAACAGUGUGAAGAAAAUGAUCGUUUGCACACACUUCCCACCAAGUAAUAUUAACCGAAAUCUAAUCGAUUACUCACCAAAUACUAAAUUUUCGAGUGACGUCGCAAUGUAUAGUGGAAAACGUCGUAAAACUCGAGCUAGUCUCUGAAAGUUAACUUUUUAUUUUUCAAUUUUCCGCAAUGGUUUUGUUUGUACUGGUGAAAACAUCGUUACUUUUUCGACACUGAUGCUAGACAACAUAAUCGAAACAGCUAUAUAAACCAUUCAAUCAAAUGUUAUUUCUGAGUCAUAUUUCAGAUCAUGUAAAAAUAGUAAACGGAAAAGUAUUACAUUCAAUCAAAAUGACUCGGCCAACGAAGAGAAGGGUUAAGGCUCUCCAACGUGAAUAUCUGAAAACAAUACGAUCAACGAAGGAAAAUAUUAAGGAAUUACCAACAUCGAGUUACUGUGCGGAAAAUCUUGUUAUAUCAUCAAAUGUAUUCUAAGCCUCGGGUCAGUGAAGCGCCACACAGUCUGAUAAGUGAAUUGAUCAAAUAGAUCAAAACAAACGAAACAAAUUGCUCUUCUCUCACAAACAUUAUUACCCCAUUUUUACACGUGGUUUUACCUAUACUACUACAAAGGCUUGCUUCCACCUUCACCUUAAUAAAAAUUGUUUGGAUAAAAUUAAUAAUAACACAUUAAAAAUUAUUAGCUUUUGAGUUUUUCACUUCCAAAAUGUUAUUAAAGUUCACUAAUUUAGUUGUUCCACUACUAUACCUUGUACUAAAAUUUCUCAUCUUUCAAAUGAAACCAUCAGAAUCGUCUUCCGUAGCGUACUUUUUAUUGUAGAGCCAGUAUGAGGAAACAGAGUCCGUAACAAAAAUAAAGUUCUAUAACUCUGUCAUUGUGGAAAUACGAACAUAUGCAUAGGAGGUUUUCUUUCAUCAAACAUGAUCGUCUUUCACUUCCUGAGAGAAUCUGGGUAAUUUUUUUUUUAUGUGAGAAAGAUGCUUUCUGACUUUGAGGGGAUGAUUCAAAAAUCAAAUUUCUGUUUUAUUUUCAAAAAUUGAAAAAUACAUGCAAAAAAAUUAAUGAAAAAAAAAAUUUUUUUUACUCGAUUACAUACAGGAUUCGAUUAUAUACAGUGAAAAGAAAUUAAAAACUGUAUAGGGGUAAUGGGGGCAAAUUGGUCAUGGGGGGCAAAGUGGUCACCUGCUUGUUUGGUAGUAUAACUAUUGACCAUAGAAUGCCGUAUUGAUAGUCACCUUAUGUUUGGAGAAUUUAAUGACUUUUGAGUCACCCUGUACUUCAGCAGAGCUGUCGCAUGUCAAAAUAUAAAUAAAAACUGAAAUUACUCUCUCGAUAUCCAUUCGGCCGUAGUUCUGUGCGCAUGGUAUCAACGGAAUUUCUCGUGAAAUUUAGUUUAUUCAAUCUGAUAUGUUGGACAGAUAAUCAGUUCGGACGACUUAUCACAUAUUCUAGGAAAGGUGAACAUAUAUUCUGUUUAAUCUCAGCGAUUAAAUCGCAUAGAAAUUAUUUUCAUGUUUGGGGGCAAGGUGGUCAUAGGUGAAUAACGACUUACAAUGUUCUGUUUACUCAAGCUGAUAUACCGCAUCAUAUUCUGCUUUUGAAGAGGAUCCUUUUAUGACUUUGACCCUGGAUAAAUAUGCCACCAAGCCUCAUUAUGCGAAACGUUAUGUGUUUCUUACUACGUUUUUGUAUGCAAGAGAAAAUUUGAAUUGAGACUCUAGGUGAACAGGCCAAGCUUAUUUCAUGCAUGUACCUACUAUAACAAAUAUGAUUUGAACAAAUUUGGACGAAAAAAACGUAUAAAUCUAUCCCAUUUAGCUUGAUAUGGGCGGGUGACCUCUUUGCCCCCACUAGGUGAUCACUUUACCUUCAAUGUAACGGCGAUCGGAAGCGAGGAAAAAAGUCCAAGGAGUAAUCUCACUAUUUACCGGGUUCUCAGCAGCAAAGAAACAGAAUCUGUUUGUUUUGCGCAGCUUUUAACUGUAAAUAUAUUUCAAUUUUCCAUUUCUGUUUUAGGUUAGGUAUACAUUUUUUACUCACACUUUCGGUGAUAGCGAGUACAAAUUCUUAUCACGCGGGAUCUCCAAGAUAGCUCUAACUAAUAGGACGAUCUAAAAUUUAAUCUACACGUGUAAUUAAAUAACCAAUAGUUAUUCCAAUUUACUUACGUGGAACCAGUUUACUAUUCCACUAACAAUUUUUAAUCAAAGAAACUCAAUUUAUAUCUUUUCACUGCCAACUACUCUGUUUAUGACUUUCUAAUGGUGGAGAUUAUUUUCCUUUCUUUCCGGUUGUCAUCCUCUGAACCGUUUGUCGGUGUUUGACAGCCGUUAGCGGGAUUAAGUCGAGGUAACACCGUGAAACACUUAGAUGUAGCAGUGCGCCCAGCGAGAACAUCCAAGCAAAACAAUUUUUUUCGAUUUUUCACCUUUUUUCCUAAUGAUGAAAAGUGUACUAUUUUGAAUUUUUAUAGUAGAAGCCGUUUGCUAUCUUGAAGAACAAUGAGUUGAACUAUAAUAUUCUUCGAGAAACGGAAAUUAAAUCAGUAUGUGGGCGCUGGAAAUGGGCAUAUUCCUUAGGGUGACCACUAUGCCCCCACUUCCCCUAUAAUGGAGUCCUCCCUGUAUUUUGCGAACACGUCGAAAUUUCCUUAAUAACUCUUUAGUGAAAAGUUCCGGGGCCCCUGAAAAGAUUUAAUGGCUUGCGUGAUUUGUAGAAUCAUUUCGAGAAGCAACGAUUCUUUCCUGCCUUUGCGAGAACAAUACACUAAUUGGUCAUAUGUCGCAUUUUGUUUCUUUAUAUCAAUGCACGCAUUGCACUGAGUAUUUAACGAGAGGCAUCUUCCGUGCAUCACCAUUGAACAAGUAUCAAACACGCGUCUAACAGAUCCACACAGUUGCAGCAAUAAAAAUGAAACAUCGCUAGAAUGACCAUUUAUGAAAAAUCGUUUCUUGACUCUUGGUCCAACCCGUCAACAAAGCUAGGAGCUUGUUGCAUCAGAACAGACCCGAUGCGCACGAGAACAAAUCUCCCUUCGUUGGUUCUAUUCUAGCGAUUGCAUGAGCUGCCCGUUAUUGACAGCUCUGUUCGGGGAAGCACACAAAUGGAUAGAUGGGAAUGCUUCAAUUUUCAUCAAUUUAAACCAUUUCCAGACUAUGGGAUUGUAAUGUAUAGCAUAUCGAAACAAUCUUAGAAAAUUUCUGAUUCGAUUGGUAUGCAAAUCGUUAAAAUACGUUCGCAGCGGAAGUAGUUAUUAACGUUAACUUUAUUUCAUAAAAACGUGACCUAUUUUCUGAUUUUUCACCCUUAAUGAAAGACGUAGUCCUACGUCAAAAAUUGUUCAAAAUGGCGAAAAGAGCCGUUUGCUAUAUGUUUUGGUAUCCUUCAAAGGGGUGUUGUGAGUCGCAGUGGUAUGAAGAAUGUCAACCCACCAAUUAUUAAUGCUGUCUAUUCUUAAUACUCAACUAUUGAACAAAAAUCAGCUAAACAAAUUCAACACAGACAAGAGAAUCUCGACAUUCUCUGGGUUUCUCAUAUUGAUUUUUGCAAACGCAAACAAAAACAUGAAAGAUAAAACCAUAAAACCUUACUGGACCAUCAGUGUAAACCUGGUGUUCUAUCUGGAGUUUUGUUUCAAUGAAGUGGUCGAGGGUGGGUUCAGGCUGGAGAUCUUCCGCACGCAUCCUCGAGUCGAUAAUGGUUAAUAUUCAGCAGUUCCACAGUCAAAUGGCCGUCGAAUGUACACUAGGGUGCCGACGAAUAUUAGGAAAAAGUCGACCCUAUACAAAAUGUUUACCAACUCCAAAAAACACACUAUGCCAAAUAUCAGCUCAAUCGGCCUUAAGGGAGAGUGGCACAAAGCGGUCAAAGUUUGAGUUUUUUGAAAAUCGAAAAAUUACCCAAGGGAGAAUAGAGGAAAUCGGGGUUUUCGAAAAAAAUUAAUGCCAAAUGUCUUAAAGUUGCAUGUGAGAUCGAAAAUCGACAAUCUGGAACCGAAAAAUCACCGGAAAUAGGGGGUUUAAAAAAAAUUUGAUGCCAAAUGUCUUAAAAUUGCAUGGUACAUCGAGAUUUACAAUUAUCUCAAAACAAUUUUUUUUACUAGAUAUCAAAAAAAAAGUGAAAAAAACAUAGGGGUUGCUGGCAAAUAUUCUUGCCACUACCCGUAAAAGGGUUAAUAGGACAUAGUGGUAACGAUCAGAAAGUGAAAGGUCUCGAAUAGCUCUACUGGUUAUAAUCUUCGGUUGAAGAUUUGGUUGUCCACUUUCUGCCAUAACAGCGUGGGUAGAGAUGUCGGUUAAUCGUUCAAUUAAUUUUGUAAUUUUGUGUCGAAUAAUGAAAAAUCAAAAUAUAAAUACAUCGAAUAAUUAUCACAGUAAUCGCGAAUAAAUGAAAAAACACCAUUUUUUGAAAAAAUACAGUGUAAAAUUUGUUUAACCGGUGUUUUGUCGAAAUUCAUCGAAUAUGCUAAAACAUUUACGUUCGAAGCAUAAAAAUAAUUCCCUGGUGGUGGAGGUGCCUGGAAAGAAGAAUUCAGCGUUUGCAGGAGUAAAACAGAAAUAAAAUUGUUUGUUUUUUUUAUCCCUUUUAUUUAUUUAUUAGGCUCAUUAGCAUUUUAUCUGUAACAGAGCCGGGUUUAAUCGUGUACAUGUACAUAUAUUUACGUUUCUAUAAAUUGUAAAUUACACAGUAGUUAGUAGUAGCCAUUUAGGCGUUAAGUUUUCUGUUCCAUUACAUUAUGGUAAAUUACACAGUAGUAGCCAUUUAGGCGUAAGGGUAUUCUUUCUGUUCUUCCAUUGUUCAGCAGACCGGACAGCGGAGACAGUUGAUAUUGAUCAUUAUUGGGUUAUUUAUAGAACAGCAGCCCGAUGUUUCUUGCAGAUCAAAGCAGUUGUAUGGAUGAAUCGAUCUUUGUUCCACCGUGAAUCGAUUUCCAUCGCUGAUGAUGGUUGCGUGGACGUAGUUAUUUUAUAACAACACAAAGAUGGUCAAUUGAGGGCCCUGAGUUUGAUCGAUCGCUUGGUAAGCGAACGCGUAACCAAGUGGCUACGAAGACCCCCUAAAUUGUAUGUUGAUGCAAUAAAAAUAUUGUACAUCAAUACCAUUUUAUUCAAAAAACCAUUAUUCUGCACCAUGUUUAUUUUAAAAUUAUAUUAAAUGUAACUUUAAAAAUUAUGACAUCAUAGUCUUUUUUAUUAUAAAUGUCGUUCAUUUUGAUUACCGGCAAAAUUGGUUUUGUGCGAUCCCUUUUUGUUCAAUUCCUCAUUUAUGUGACCCUUUUUGUGCGAUUUUAUUAUUCAAUCGAGACUUGGAUCACACAAACCAACAGCACAAACAAUAAAAUCGCACGAAAUCAGUCACACAAAUGAGAAAUUGCACGAAAUGCGAUCGAACAAAAACAGGCUUGCCUGUACAAGAAAAUAUAUUCGCUCGAAUAAUCGAAUACUGAAAGAUAAUUAUUUGAAUGAAUCAAAUAUUUAGAAAUGACCGACGAUUAUACGAUAAUCGAAUAAACGAAAAAAUUAGACAUCUCUAAGGGCGGGUAGGCUUGGUAACAAAGACUCCGAUGCCUAUCUGUAUCGCCUUAUUUACAUCGGUUCGAUCGUCUUCAACACUUUUUCGUCACUUUGCUUUGGAUUAAACCAAACGGUAACUAUCCGAAAGAGUGUCUGGCCAGCAAUUGCUUUUAAUAGAUUAAUUCUAUUUCGAGUAUCUUUUUUGAUCAACUGAGCCUCUGGUAUGAAGCGGAGUCGCUUGUCAGAAGAGACUCCAAGUAUUUUGAGAGAACGACUGAGAGAUUUUUUCCCUUAAAACAUGCCUAGUUAAUUCGUUGAACUGUUCAAUGGUUUUAUUAUAUUGAAAACGAAAAUCUAAACAUUGAACAUGUAGCAAAAAUAAAUAAAAAUUUCGAAUGCUUAUAACUCGAGCAUUUCUUAAUAGAUUCCAAAGAUGUUUGCAUCAAUGAAUAGAAAAUAUUUGUACGCAUCAAUCUCAAUGAAUAAAAUUUCAUUUUUCUUGAAAUAAACAAUUGAAUAAUGGUGAAAUGUCAAGCAUUACUAAACGCACUAAAUCUCUCGUUUUGAUUGGCCCGAUUUGUGCUCCUGAAAUGGUACCGAGCAAGAGGAGCAACACUCCAACACACACACAACACUUAUAGCGGGAUAUCAUUUGAAUACAUUCCCCAACAUGGACUUCAAAAGUUUUGACUCAUCUUCGACUGGUGAUGUCAUUGAUUCUUUAGGUUUGCUCGAAGCAGAUUUCCGUUCUUUUUUAACGCCUUUGACCGUGUUCUGUGUGUGACCAGUGCUCCCGUGGCCUAGUGGUUAGCGUCCCACAUUAUCAUGCCGGGGGUUCGGGUUCGAUUUUCGUUCAGGCCGGGAGAAUUUUCGUCAAAGAAAAACGGGGCCUCCUCUCUUCCAGACAAUAUGGAAUAAUGCAUUUUCGAAUUUUUUUCCGGAUGUUAGAAAUAUUUGGAGUUCUGGUAUUAUGGUGAUUGUUUCCAUUUUUUGAGCGCAUGAAUAAUGAUUAUUACACUGUUGACAGCUGGAUGCGUAGAUGCUGUCUGAAAAUCGGUACCUUUCUGGUGGUAUCCUGAAGCAACGGGAUGUCGUAGAACGAAUUCCAAUGAGUAUUUUAGAACUGCAGGACAAUACCGAAAGCUGUAGGACAAUAGGGGUUUUAAAAAAAUGACAAAAUGGCGGCCGUUUUUGUUAAAAACGAGUUAUUUUUCAUUAGAAAUCGCUGUUUAGAAGCUCAUAAAAAAUAAAAAAAAAUAGAUAUAAAAAAACAGCAAUGUAACACUUUAGAUUAUUCAUUUUUACAUGCUGAUAAAAAAAUUCAUCUAAAUCGGUCGAGUAGAUCCUGAGAUAUCAAUACCACCAGCUGAAAAAACAUGGUUUCGAGAAAAACGCGUUUAAAAAAUCACAAUACUAUAUCCCUUGCGGUGACCUCAUACUUUUGGCUGUAACUUUCCAAUGAAAUCAAAUAACGAAAUGUCCUUUUAGGACAACAUUUUUGAGAGCAUAAGCUUCCCAAAAAUGGAAAAAUAAAAAAUUCGAAAAAUUUCUCCCAAACCAGGAUCUCCGGGGGGUCUUCGUAGCCUAAUUGGUUAGGUGCUACUAAGCGAACAAUCGUGAGCUUAUAACUCAGGGCCUUCAACUGACCAUCUUUGUGUGUUAUUCUAGUUACUACGUCCAUGCAUCAAACAUCAUAUGAUGUUUAUCCCAGCCUUUUACUCCACAUACGAUCGAUCUGCUGCAUCGGUAAUUGGUGCUAUUUAUAAACCCAACAGUGGAAGCCUCAUAUCAACAGUCCCGCUGUAUCCUACUGUGAACAUUCGAACAAUAGGAAUGUUCUUACGCCGAAAAAUGCGACAUGUGUUGUGUACCGGUAGAAUAGGAAUACUCUAACGCCUAAACGGCUAAUGUGUAAUAGAUAAAAAUGUGUAUCGAUGAGAUAGGAAAACUCUUACGCCUAAAUGGCCACUGUUCAAUAUACAACAUGAGAAAAAUGUACACGAUAAAUUCGGCUCUGUUACAGCUGAAUUGCUAGAUGAGACUAAUAAUAAAAAUAAACAGAUGAGAUAACAAAAACCAGGAACCCCCUCUUAUGUAUAUUGAAGUUACCGAGAUCUACUUUGACGGCGUUCUCCAAAUCGGACCUGUCAAUUCCAUUGAACGUAGAAGGUUGUAGACCAAAUAAGACAACCUCAGGCAUGGCGAUGGCUGUGGAAUCGGAAAUGCUUUGACACUCUGAGUCAACCGCGACUUCCGGAAACAGUACGCCCUGGGUUAUUCUACAUGAACUUUUCAACCACUUCAGCAAAAUAUGGCUUGAAUGGACACAUGAACACAACUUAGUGCGGAAGAAGUACAACGACAGUCACGCGAUGUUGCCGAACAUUUUCGGUGAACAUGAAAUAACUCAUCGAUAAUCAGCAAUACAGGCAAUUCUAACGUCGGCUGGUUAUAUUUCAUAAAUGAUCGUACCAGUCGUUGAACAGGUCGACAGUAAUGUAACAACUCGGAUUUAAUACAAAGGUUGUUCCUGAAAGGCCGCCUCUCUUCAGGGUUACGUGAUUCAGUACCCUGGGGAGAAUCAGAAGAGGAGGAAGGUUCUGUCUGGUCGCUGACAUACACAUAACUGCCUUGAUAGAUUCACUGGAAACCAUAUUUUCCCCCUUUUAGACAGCGAUUUACCUUUUCUUUGGCAGCACUUUUCGGAAAACAUAUAAAAGUUAUGUUUACUAAUAGUGGCGAUAUCCAAUGAAUAAAAUAACCUUCAUUGUUAGUACACUUUUCUUAACUGGGAAUAUUUACUAUGGGGAAAACAAUAUACAUACGGAAUACGGCAGAGUACAUUUGAUAUGAAAAUCAUUCAAUAUUAUGACGCAUGGUUAUUUUUACUCAGCGUACAAUUUGAUUUCAACUUUGACACAUCUCGUAUAAAUUAACAUAACUUUUUUAGCAUAGGCAGGACCGGAAGAAUCUUUCAUGGAGGAUACUGGUAAUCAGCAGAAUAUAAGUCCCGUUUAAAAAUUCGAGAUGACCAUUUUCAUUGGCACCCUAAACUAUACGUUCUGCCUCGUAUUUAAAAAAACGAAGUUUCAAAAAGUCGAUAUUUGACAAAAACAUUUCGGGAUUACAGUAGAUCUCGACGUUUCAUGCAAUUUGAAGACAUUUGGUAUCAUAUAAGACCCCGAUUUCAUGUACUCUCCCCUUGAGUGAUUUCAUGGUUUUCAAAAAAUCCAAACUUUGACUUUGAAAUUUUGCAUAGCAUAUUUUUCACGGGAAUCAACAUUUUGCAGGAAGGCCCGUAUGAAAGUUCGAGAUGAUCAUUUCCAUUGACACUCUAGUGUUCAACCAGAAUUUGUUAUGCGGGGAACGUACCUCAUAAAAAACGCAUUAAUUCGAAAGUCCGAGUGAAAAACCGCGGUUACUUGAAAAUCAAAGGUCACCUAAAAAUUCGCUUGAGAAUCGUGAUAUGGCGCGGCACUAAUAUCCAUCAUAAGCACUGAAUUUAAUUCAAAAUGUUUCAAUGUUCAAAAAGCUUUGGCUGAGGGAGAUAUGUGAUACUGUUAAAGUUGGUUUAAGGCGUUAAUUCGAAAAUCCUCAUAAAAAGUCGUGUUAAUUUGAAAAUUUGUGCAAAUAAAUCCGUGUAAAAAAUAGAAGUGGGUUAUAAUUGCGAAAUAACCGCAAGGCAAUCGUAGGACUACCACUAGCUUGAUAAUCAUUUGUUUGAAGUUGCAUCUAAAUCAAUUAACAAUGAAUAAAUGAACGAAUGAAUGUUUUGUAAGAUUACUGAAAGUUUUUCUUGUUAAAGUGGGAAUGAAUGAGUAUAAGUAUGGAAAUAUUUCUACAUGGAUACACACAAAAUUCAACUUUUUUGAACAUGUUGGGGGUCCUGAAAAGAACCGAUGGGUUUGCAUGGCUUUGGCAACUGAAGAUGGUUGUUACAUGAUUCAUUCUUUUUCUUAUGAGAACGAUACACGAGAUUUUGUACUCGAUUACCACCAAGAAUCGAUUCCUCCUCGAUAAUGAUACCCAACGCAAAUAAUACUCCCCUUUGUUAUAUCGACAAUUCACUAUAACGACGGUCUCUUGCGAUGUCACUAUAGAGAGCUUCGACUGUAAUUGGAUUUCAUAUAUAUAUAUAUAUAUAUAUUUCAUAUUUAUUCGUAUUUUGCAACGUAAGACCAAGUCAUUUUUAUGCUACAUUGAGUAGUUCCUAGUAGAAAGUGCCACUUGUCAAUUUGGGUUUACGAUUUUUAAGUUACAAAAAAUAUUCAAAAAUUUUAUAUAAAAAAAUGCCCUUUACAACACACUAAUAUUUUUUAACUAACUUAACUGAAAUUCUCUUUACAUCUUCUUUUGAAAGCUAAGAAUGAUUUUUGAUUAGAAAGAUAUACAGGUAAUGAAUUCCAAUGUACGACACCUCGAACAAAAAAUGAGUUCCCGUACUUGGUUGUACGAAACCGUAAAAAACCACGUAGUUGGUUGUACGAUACCGUAAAAAACCGUAAAAAACCACGUAAAACACCUGGAUGUACCAUAAGCCUCUAAAACCUUUCAUGCCAAAGUGAUAUGACAGGCACACACCGCUAAAGCCGUAAAGUACGCAAUAAAAAUCCUUAACUGAGAAUCUUUAUUACACAGACCGUAUUCUCAUCAGUUGGCCCCGUCAGAUUAUCAUAUUUUUGAACCUACAGAGCUGUAUUAUCCAGAUAUUCAGUGAGAUUCGAUUUGACAGUUCGUUACUUUCAGAAGAUAUUCUGAAACAGACAAUAUCCCUUUCUAAUUCCCUUAUCGGACGAUAAAUUGAGGAUUUUCACAUCUGAAAUACACCUCAAAUCAAAUUUGACGUGUAAGAUGUUAUAAAGAUUGCAACUUGGUUUUGUCAAAAAAAUCGAUGAAAAAAAGCUGUUAUUAGAAAAAAUGUACAAAUUAUUUCAGUGAAAGUAUUUUACAUUAUUUUCUACGUGUUUUUUUCCACCUCUUUCGCAACUGGACGAUACCAUCUCAAUAAAACGAUGUCGGUUUCGGAGCGAUCCAUUCAUCCGCCCAUUCUCACACUUGCUCAACGCUUCGGAAACAUGUAUCACUUCUCAAGCCGUGCUGCAUCAAUUUGACCAAGUGAUGAUCAGAAGGCGCGCAAUGUCUCUGAUACACAAUGCUACUAUUAUCUGGGAAACGGUUGCCUUGAAAAGAAAGGAUCUAGCGGAAAGAUAGAGUGAAAAACAAAGACCUAGAGUAAUCAGUGUGUAAAGUUUAGUGAAAUGGCAACCCCAAACUACAAAGAGCUUAAACUGCAGUCUCCGGCCGGAGCUGAACCUUUUCUAUACAACUGGCCGUUCUCAAUUGGCGGCGGUCACGACAACGGCAUCGAACUGAUCGAAAAUGUACGCUGGGUGUGCGAGGACAUGCCGGAAAUCAAGUCGGCGAUCGAAGAGAUCAAUCUGAACGAAAUCGACACGGGAGAUUACGAUAUGAUGAAGAAUCUCUGCGAUCGGUUCAACCGGGCGAUCGACAGCGUGGCUGCACUGGAGAAAGGGACGUCACUUUCGAACCAGAGGUUCACGUAUCCUUCGCGUGGUCUUCUACGUCACAUAAUACAACAAGUGUACAAUCAAGCUGUAGUUGAACCGGAAAAAUUGAAUCAAUACGAACCAUUCUCGCCGGAAGUGUACGGUGAAACAUCUUUCGAUCUGAUUUGUCAGAUGAUUGACCAGAUCAAAAUCACUGCUGACGAUGUGUUUGUUGAUCUUGGUUCGGGUGUUGGACAAGUAGUGCUUCAAAUGGCAGCCUCAACGCCAGUGAAGGUGUGUUACGGUAUAGAGAAGGCGGAUGUACCCUCGCGGUAUGCGGAGGGGAUGAAUGCUACCUUCAAACUCUGGAUGCGAUGGUUUGGCAAGAAGUACGGCGAUUAUGAACUUAUCAAAGGUGAUUUUCUUGCCGAUGAACACAGGGAGAAGAUCACAUCUGCCACCAUUGUAUUCGUGAACAAUUUCGCCUUCGGGCCAAAUGUUGAUCACCAGCUCAAGGAACGAUUCGCGGAUUUACGCGAUGGUGCCAGAAUUGUGUCAUCCAAAAGCUUCUGUCCGCUCAACUUUCGGAUAACCGAUCGGAAUCUCAGUGACAUAGGGACGAUUAUGCACGUUAGCGAAAUGUCCCCUCUUCGGGGCUCGGUUUCAUGGACGGGGAAACCUGUGUCUUACUAUUUGCAUAUAAUCGAUCGAACAAAGCUGGAGCGGUACUUUCAACGGUUGAAAACUAAAGGAGUUGAGAACGAUGGCCAGGCUGGGAGCACGAGUACACGGGCGUCUAGAUCCAAGAAAGAGAUCAACCAGAAGUCUACAGUUACUAAUGACGAAAGUAGUUCGGACAGCGAUCCAGAUGCCACUAGCUCAGCUACAAGGAAACCAUGGUCCGAUUGGUGCAGCGGCAAAGAGAAAAGCAGCCAAUCAGAAGAGGAAAAUAACAAUUCGCCGGUUCUCCGCAAUGGACGUAUUCCAACUGGAAAUAAAAAACGCAGGAAGAUAAAUAGAACCAAAACGGUUAAGAAGGAUCCUGCUGCUACUGCUGCUGCUGCCGCUGCCCAAGCAAUUCAGCAGAGCGUUAAAGAAGCGCAGGCGGCUGUCACGAAGAAACGUGGCCGAGUCAAGAAAGGUCGCCAAAGACGGGUACUUAAAAUCAACGGUCUCGAUUUGCUGCACAGUGAAACCCUUCUAAGCACAUCUGAUCAGACCAUCGGUAAGCGACUUCCACCCGCGCCAGGAUGCGUAGACCAAUUGCUCACCUCGCUGGCUGGCGAUAUGCAACAUACUGAGCUCGAUAUCCCGGAAGCUCCCUCCGAAACGCCGUACGCGUUGCAAAUUUUGUUGGAUUUAUACAAAGCGCAAUUUAUGAGAACGAUCGAAGCUAUGCGCAAACCUGCUUACAAAGAUACCGUUCAACAACAAAUAGAACGCGAGAAGGAACGGAAUCAGCGACUGUUGAAUCGAGCUGGUCAGUUGGAGAAACAAAUUAAAGUUCUCAUCGAUGACAGCGUUGCACUGUUGAAGGCUCGGAUGAACGAACUCGGAAUAAGUACAACCAGUCAGAAUGAUUUGCUGUGCAAAGCGAAGGAAAUUGUGGGUCGUCAUAAGGAACUGCAAGUGAUGGCUGCAAAGCUGCAAAAUCAGGUGACCUCUAUCGAACAGGAACAAAAACGGCUAGUGUUGCAACAGGUUCAGAAGAUUGUUGAUAAACAUAUAAAAUCCGAAGAAGUAGAAAUAACACCAAAAACAUCCCACGAAAUGGUGUUGAAGGAGAUUGCCAAUACUCUGUCUCAAAGAAAGAAGCUAUAUGCGCAGGUAUCAAGUUUAGAAAGCGAACUAAACUUGAUCGAAAAACUUGCAGAAGAAAGGAAGGCAGUAACAGUGUCACAGACAACCAUUGUUCCACAGCAAAGAGAACAAAUUCAGCAGCAACAACAUCCACACCGGGAUUCACAUCAUCCGAGGGAGCAGCAGCAUCAUCAGAGAAAUGAGGAACUACGGCGUGAUUCCCAUCAUCUUGGGCAGUCACAUUCUUCUUCGCAAUCGACGGUUCACGUAUCGCAAGCACCCUCUUCCAAACACAGUUCUGGCUCUUCAAGAUCUCAACGUAAAUCCCGCGAGAACAGAACAAGAUCUCAAGAAUGGCCCGAAAUUCCUGACAUCGGUAAGAUUGAGGAAAACAAUCCCGAAAUAUUGGCCCAGAAGAUACUGGAAACCGGCAGACAAAUCGAGGCAGGCAAGCUAUUGGCAAACAAUGCCAACAAAUAUCAGAAAGAGCGCGAGAGCAAAAAUCAUUCGUACCAGCAUCAACAGCAGCAGCAGACGACUCUGCAAAUCCAUCACAAUACUCACUCCAAUCAUUCUGGCGAUGCUGCUUUAAUGCCAGCUCCACCAUCUCUCAGUAAAUCUCACCCACGUAGCAACAACAGCGCAAAUAUUACUGCCAACGUUAAUCUAUCUAAAACUUACGUACCUGGUUCCAUGGCUGCUGGAGAAUUGGUGGUGGGAGGGCCAACUGGCGGCAGCACAACGAGUGUUAAAGUAGAAACACGCGCAAAACUGCAAGAUUCGCACAAAGUUGUAAAUUUUGAGGAUCGACUAAAAAGUAUUAUUACCUCGGUACUGCAAGGACCACCAAAAACAAUAAACUCUACUGUUCCACAGCAACAGCAGCAGCAGCAGCAGCAACAGCAACCAGUAGCACAUCAAAUUUCCAAUCAACAUCAUAUAAGAGAGGUGACGCAGCAGAUACUUCUGAAUCACGGAGAACACACCUCACCAAACAAGAGCUCAGCUUAUGGGAAAACGGUAUACCUCUCUUCAGGCCAUACACCACUUUCGAAUUCGAUACAAAGUACCAUUCAGGAGUUGACAUCCCGCGGUAACAGCGGGAAUCAACAUCAUCUACCUCACCCGGUUAGUGGUCCAUCGUCUUCUCAAGCGAAUCAAUAUCCACCAAUGUUGAACAUAGCAACAACAACAACGCAACACUUGAACGUCACAACCACCAUCACGGCCGCUCCGAUAUCGCCGUACAAAACUCACGGCUCUGGUCAGAGCACGAAAAUCUCACCGAGCUCCAAGUAUUACCAAAAAGGUGCAACAAUGAAACACCUUUCACCAGUGGCCAACAACAGUACCCAUCAGCAAAUUCUGCACCAACAGGAACGAGAAAUUCGCGAGCGAGAACGCGAGCUACGUCAGAGUCAAAUAAACAUGCACUACGGUAACCACAACAGUCAUCCGAUAGUGAUUGAUCCACAAACUUCGCACCACCACCACGGUUUGCACCCGACUUCGCUGGAAGGAAAGAUGGAAUUCAAAGCACCGGAUCAAUUUCGUUUCGAUCCACGCAACCCUGUGGACGUUGCGUUGCUACAGAGCCAUUCUCGUAGUUCAUCGGCCACAUCGAUAGAGGGCGAAUAUACUUCUUCAUCAUCUGGUGUUAACUUGCGCUACAUUAAUUCUUCGUCAAGUCAACAACAGCAGCAGCAGCAACUGGCUGGUAGCAAUUCGCGGCCAGGCUCGUCAUCGUCCCAGCCCGACUAUACGCAGGUUUCACCCGCGAAAAUGGCUCUGAGACGUCAUUUAUCCCAGGAGAAACUUAUACAUCCAACAGCAGCCGCGCCUCCUCCAUCAGCGACCACGACAAGCACGGUGAAAACCAUCGGAGAUCUUGUGAACGGGGAAAUCGAGCGGACGUUGGAAAUCUCCAAUCAAUCGAUCAUAAACGCAGCAGUUAAUAUGAGUACGACUGGUCCAGCGGGGCACACGGUUAUCAAUACCAACGUACAAAGACCCGAGCGCGUGAGCAUCCGCGUGUUGGACGAACUCGGAGUCAACGGCAGUGCCCAACCAUCUUCUUAUAGUCCAAUCUCCCGACCGAAUAGCAAUGAAAUGAGCAAGUCCCCAGUGCUACUACAUAGCCAAAGCAAUCUCGCUACCUUGGCGCAAGUUGCUACGUACAACCAUAAGAAAGCGCCACUGUCAGCUUCUUCUUCAUCAGCAAUAAUUUCACCUCGGGGAAACGUACAACAACAGGUAGAUCAAGGACGAAAUCAAUCGUCGAAUUCCUCCCAGCAGCAAUACACAACCAGCGCAAUGAACUCCUCGUCUACUGUAUUUCAACACGGUCGAGGUGAAAAGACUUCCUACCUUACGACAACAGCUGAGCGUUCCAAUAACGAGACUCCCUACAUGGCCCUUCCACGAGCCGAUAUGAAGCCUUAUCUAGAAUCUUACUUUAUUGAUGAACAAAAGCGGCAACAGCAGCACCAUCAUCACAGGCAAGAGUCACCAUCAAUCACAGCGCACCAUCCACCGAACAAUAGUAGUGGCCGAAUAUCGCAUGAGUUUCAUCUCCGUGGUCAACCACCAGGCUCUGUAAUGGAACAAUCACAUGCCUCCCGCCGUGAAUCCCAAAUAAUGGAGGAUCGACUGGAGAGGAUGAACGGUAGUCCUCCCCUGGAAGGCUUAGCAGCAUCAUUACGGGCACGGGUGAUUGCGUCGUUGAAAAGCAAAGAAGAAAACGAUGAAAGGCAUAGGAGAGCCGAUUUAAUACCCUCACUACAUGCGGCUGCUGGUGGCAGUAAUAACAGUAAUAAUAUACAGAUAGUACAAACACCAAUUGUGAAACCUGAGAAAUAUUUAACCGGAUUGAAGCGUACAUCGCCCAUCAUUGAUAAUCCUCCACGGCCUCCGAAAAUGCUCUACACCGAUUGUUCGGAUACGAUGAUUAAUCCGGAAAUCAUCCACCUCAAUCGAAGUGGGUCCAGCAAUUCACGAGGCAUGGAAGCCUCGCUGAGUCCCGAAAUUAGCUCACUGUCCGCUGGUGAGGAUCGGCAGCAUUUGCUGCGUCACAAUAGAAACGAUGUUGACGAUGAUGUAGGUGAUGACGAAUCCAGCUGGCACGACCGUGUAAGCUCGGGAUUCGAUAGACUGGUGGCGUUUGCGUCGACCGAACUAGAUAAAACUCGACGCUCCAACGAAGACGUUCCACCAUCAUCAACAAGUUGCACCACUUCACCAGACUCCGGUAUCAACCAGAGUGACCACAGUCGCACUUUUCUGUCGUCGUCGUCAUCCUCCUCGCAACUGGACGUCCCACCGAGCAAUUCGAGUACCGGAAGCAGUAUCAGUACCGGCAGUGGUGUAAUGAAACAUACUGUGCCAAUAAUAAAAUCGUCUCCUGCGGAACCCGUGGAAAGCCCGCCCCUGUCCGACGUAGGAUUACCACGUACGCCUAGUCCUUCAUCUAGCCCUCCGCUAAUUUAUCAGACCACAACAAUAGUUGCUUCAUCUGCUGUGCAAAACCCCCUCCAUGGCAGCAAUAGUUUGAAAAUCCCUCUAAGGUAUCAACGGCAGUCUAAGGUAUCGUCGGAAAAACAUUACAAGAAAAAAUUCCGCGAUCGCAAUUGGGAGGAGUACGAGGAAAGCCUCAGCGGAAGACACAGCUCGGCCGGCUGUUCGGAACCAAACGAUCACGAUUUCGUCGAUGGAUUUGGUGGUAGUGGCGGUCCUCCCGGCUGCAGUGUCACUGGCAACGGUAGCAAAGUAGGGAACGCGUUGGACAGCGCACAAAGCAAUAGCAGUGACAAACUUCAUCAGCAUCAUAAACACAAGUCGGCUAAAUUUCGUCCAAAAGGUAAAGACUGGAACUGGGAUGAUGAACAUUCAAAUGCUUCCUCAUCCAGCUGCCAUCGUCAACGCUCGGGAAAUACUCCAACCUGAAUUGUCGUGUUAAGCUUGUGUUGAUUGCGUCCGGUUGCUUUAAAAUGUGGCGCUUUUUCAUAGAUAAUAUUGUUUAAUUUUCCCUAUUUUAGUAUGGUUCAUUCUCCGCAUUACUUACUUGGUCAGGUACCAAAAAAAGUCAGUUUCAGCGGAAAUUGUCGAGCCACAGAAUUGCUCAAAGUUCUCUAGAACAAUGUGACGAAUUUAAACGAUUAAAACUCCAGUUGAAACCCAUUAAAUGUUUAUUGGAAAGACUGAAUACUAAUUAAAAAAAAUACCUAGAUAAUUUAUACAUGCAUCGUUUCGGAAUUGUCGACCGUAUAUCAUCCCCAACUUUUCCUUAACCCCAACAAGUAGAACAACAUGAUGUUUGCUAUACACAAACCAUAAUUUACCUAACUGUUCCAUUUUUUUUCUCGCAUAUACCGAUAUAGUUCUCCAACAUGUUUAUUGUUGUACCAAUGCCCUUCGUUGGGAUACCGACAGGAGGCAAACAGAAAGCAUUUUUCAACAGUAGUGUUCAUUGAAUGUUGUUCUUUAAGUCGAUCUAGCGAACCAGCGUUACGAAUGCAUUCAAAUUAUCUGAAACUGCCAACGAUUAUUGGAUAAUUUCUGGUUACACUUCGUUUUAUAGCUAUUUUUUAAGACUUCACCCGCGUGCGUGUGAUGAACAGCUGUCGAAAGGUCAUUAAUUAAAAAAACCAUCGAAAAAAUGUUUGGACCCAACGUAAAUAGACAGUGACCAGGUAUGCCAGAAGGGUACUCGCGAAAGUGUUAGUAAAUAGCGUGCAAUAUUGUUAAGAUUUGUAUAGAAUUUUUUAAAGAUUCGCAAAUUUUUGGAUAUUUACUACUAAAUAAUCUCAUAUUUGAUGUAAACAUAUAAAGGGUGUGUCACAUCAAAUUGCAUCACGGAAAAAACGCUGUAGAAAUUUAAUUUUUAGGAAUUAUAUCUUCAGCUUUCGCUUAUAAUCAGAUAAGAGUGUAUAGAUCACGUUGGCCAUGCUUCACUGUAAAUUUUUCGUAAAUUUGGAAAAAUGUCGUCGAACGAAAAAGAGCCGUAAACUCAUGUGCACUCAUUUCGAGAAUCCGGAGAUGUCUCACAUCGGGACAUCGGUAAGAUGCUGGGAAUCGUCCAAUCCACGGUCAGCAGAGUACUAAUACGAUACUUCGAGAACCUAACCAUCGACCGGAAGGUGAAGAACGGCAAAAAUGGAUGCUCCGUCAGUGAAAAAGAUCACAAGCGCGUAGUUAAGCAGUUUAGACGUGAUCCGAGAAGUUCGGUCCGGGAUGUCGCCAAUAAGCUGAAUUUGUAAAGUUCAUUCGUCCAGCGGACCAAGCAGCGGGAGGGCCUGCGUACAUACAAGGUUCAGAAGGCUCCUAACCGCGACGAAAGGCAAAACAUGGUGGGGAAGACGCGAGCCCGGAAGCUGUACACCGAAAUGCUGACGAAGCCGCAUUGCCUGGUAAUGGACGACGAAACCUACGUCAAAGCGGACUUUCGUCAGCUGCCGGGCCUGUUGUUCUUCUCCGCAGAGAACAAAUUCAGCGUUCCGGAGGAGAUUCGCAAGCAGAAAUUAUCCAAGUUUGCCAAAAAGUACAUGGUGUGGCAAGCGAUCUGCUCUUGCGGAAAGCGGAGCGCCCCCUUCGUGAUGACCGGCACGGUAAACUUAAGGAGUGCCUACAGAAGCGCUUACUACCACUAUUGAAGCAGCACGAGGGCCCGACAAUCUUGUGGCCGGAUCUCGCUUCGUGCCACUAUUCAAAGGACGUGUUGGAGUGGUACGAAGCCAAUGGGGUCACCUUCGUGCCAAAGGAAAUGAACCCGCUUAACGCGCCGGUGCUUCGCCCAAUAGAGAAAUAUUGGGCGAUUAUGCAGCAGGCCCUCCGGAAGAACCCAAAAGUUGUCAAAUCGGAGGCGGACUUCAAGAGAAAAUGGGUUUCGGUUAAAAAAAACUACAACCUGACGUUGUACAGAACCUUAUGGACGGGGUAAAGAGGAAGGUGCGAGCAUACGGGCUUGGGCUCGAAGUAUGAAUAAAAAGAAAAUGCCAAAAGUUGUUUAAUAGUUUUUAUUUUACUGUCUAAAAUUUUCAAAAGGAUCGGUCUACUGGGCGAAUUUCUACAGCGUUUUUUCCGUGAUGCAAUUUGAUGUGACACACCCUUUAUGUUUUACAUAAUUUUAUGUAUUUUAUAAAUAUAUACUAUAUGAUUCAUGGAUGUAUGGUAGAAUGUAUACAGCAUUCACAGCAAGUUUUUUUUUUCAUUUUUUUAGAUGCUGGAUCUGCUGGCUUAUUCGCGGGUUUCUGCAAACGUUUGAUGGAUAUUUUCGUUUUUUCCCCUGUUGGGUUUGAACCACGGCGUCCAUUAUUUUGAACCAUUGCGGUAUACCCCUUUUUUAUACUACUUUGCUUAUUGAUGAAGGAGUAGACUGAAACCUAUAGCUAGAUAGGUGCCAAUCCAAAAUGAUCUGUUUGAUAAAAUUUAUAAUCCUGAUCGGCGACGCAGACCAAAUUUCCAUGGGCUCCAGAAUAGCUUUAUCAAGGUGUUGAAGUCUGCGUCUUGUUAGAGAUCCGCAGUUCAGAGCAAAUAUUCUGUUUUAAGAUGGUAUUUACUCGGACAGUGUCCUGUUACAAGACCAGUGAAUGUGCUGUAGUCUUUAUUAUUAAGGCUCAGCAGUUGUUGAAUAAUUUUAAUACUCGGCGUAAUACAUGUUUUUGCCUGUUUAAGUUUUCCAGCCAUCCAAUUGGCUGUCUCUUCCCGGUCUUCCCAUUUCUUCAGCUCACUUUUCAACACACAGUCAGAAAGUCCAUAGAAUGGUUCUGGACCAGUAAAUGGUGAAUUUGAGUCGUUCCUGGCAAGUUCAUCUGCUCGCUCGUUGCCCUCUAUACCGCAAUGGCCAGGAAUCCUGUACAGUUGUACCGAACUUAUCUGACUUAAUUGCCGAAAAAGGGAAAUACAUACCCAGACAAUUUUUGAAGAGCAUUCGAAAGCAUUCAGAGCUUCAAGUACCGCUUGACUGUCUGAGAAUGUCUAUAUUUCCUUUUGAGGCAGACAUUCAAGCAUUCUAUUAUUGCAGCUAUUUCUGCUUGACUGUUGGCCAGUUUUCCAUAGCCACAGAGAUUUUAGUUUUAAGACCAUACACUCCGGCACCUGUUCUGAUUCCCAUUUUCGACCCAUCAGUGUAGAACAUGAUUGAACCAUUACGAACGUUAGGACCACCUUCAUCUCAUACUGAACGAGAAUGUUCGAUCACUCUGUCUGAAAUGUCAUAAUUAGUCCUAGGUUCCAUCCAAUCACUGUUCAACUCUGAGGCAGGUCCAAUGGGUAAGAGAUUCAGGAUGCUGAAGUGACCAGUUUUGUCCCCGUAUGGUUUUUUUUUCAUCUUUUAGGCUUUAGAGCACUUUUUUAGCUUCUAGCUGAAUAUGUUGGUUCAAAGGUACCAGGUGAAGGAUAGCCUCCAAGGCCUUUGAAGCAGUGCUUCGCAUUGCUCCAGUAAUUGCAACGCAUGCUAGUCGUUGAAGUUUGUUUAGUUUUUUGUUGUAGCUACAGCCGCACAGUUGCAGUGUAGCUCACAUAACCAUUUUUGGUUUAAGGCCCCAUGUUCUUCCUAUCACUUUAGAGCAUGCUCAUAGGGCUGAAUUAUCCUUGCUGAUUACUGAAUCUAAGUGCGCAUUCCAGUUUAGUUUAGCAUCUAGGAUAACACCUAGAUAUUUCACUGAAGCGCUGCUUUUCAUUUAUUCUCCCCCAAGAUGUAAAGACUGCAGACGCUGUUUUUUUUCUUUUUGGUGAAAGGAACAAUUGUUGUUUUUGAGAGAUUUAUGCUCAGACCUUCAGUGAUACACCAAGAUUGUGUAAAGUUUAAGUCCAUCUGCAUUCUGCUCGACAUCACGUCGUCGUACUUGCCACGUACCAUUAUGACUAGGUAAAGCCCACAACCAAUUUUUGUUACAAGCGUGUGUAGCGCUGUUGCUGUGGAUUUGCCUGAUUGGUAGGCAAACUGGUAUUUAGAUAAUGGGCAUUUGGACAUGAUUACAGAUUUUAUGUAUUCAUAUAAUUCUUUUUCCAUAGUUUUCAGCAGUAUUGAUGAUAAUCUAACUUGACAAAUCACUCCCAAAGGCAUCUAUUUGGGAGUGAUUUGUCAAGUUUCCCCGCUUUUGGAAUGAAAACUACUUCAACAAGUCUCCACAUCGAAGGAAUGUGCUCUAGUAUCAGACUUGUUUUGAAAAUCUAUCUAGUAUUCUCUCUGAACUGUCAUGUCACCAUCCGAUUCAAAAAUAAUGUGUCUAUGAUCAGACAAGGACGCCUCUUCCGACACAUGCCAGUUAUGAUUUUUUACUGAAACCUGGACAGCACAGCGUUAGAUCUAAGACUUCUUGGCUGAUAGCGUUUUCGAAUGUUGAUUCAUUUCCUUUGUUAGCGUUAUCUAUGUUGUUUGACGAGAAAAUUUCUAAAAGACACCUCGAUUGUUAAUGUCGGUACUUGCCCACAUAGUGUGAUGAGCGUUGGUAUCACAUCCGAUGAUGAAGUCCUUGUUGAUUUCCCUACAGUAGUUAACAAACGCCGCUACCUCUCGUAGGGAAAUCUCAGGAUCGUGGCGGUUGGUACUUCCACUCUGAUUGCGACGAUGUCCCUUUGAAUGAACUCUGUAAUAGGAAAGCAUUUAAUGUUUGCAUUUACUAAGACGGCAGCUCUUGGGGAGUCAUGCUUGUCAUCGUAGAACAACUUACAUGAACCUGUUUUAAUACCUAGUAUUCUUCCUUUGUGAGCCCAAUUCGCCUAGAUAAGAGCGAGAUCCACAGCGUCUUUUGUAAACCUCCUGGAUCACACGCUCGACGCUGCUUUAGCGUGAUGGAGGUUUAUUUGCAAAACUUUAGUGUUCUGUAUUAGGUUGGGUUGAUCGAUUAGGGGGUUUAUUUGGGAGAAUCGGAAUCCCAUCUGUUUUAUUGAAAUUAUGGUCAAGUUUUUUGCUUGUUCCAGUGUCCAUGUUCAUUUUGGAUCUGGCGUGAUGGGGAGUUUGAAGCAACUCACCUCUUACACUUGACGUAGUUGAAGUUUCUACCCUUUUUGCGAUUGCCAUUGAGUUUGUACCGCUUGGGCCAGGAACAUUCAGAUUGUCAAGUUUCUUGUUUUUCGGAGAAACUUCACGAGGAAGCUUCGGUUCACCAGAAACCCUGCUGACGACUUUUUGAAAAUUUGGUGGCUCCACAAGUUUGGAUUCGCUGGGUUCUGAAGACUUCAAAUUACCUGGGUUUUUGGAAUUGUAAGGAUUCUCGUUUCUUGGCACCAGAUCUCCUUCGAUCACACUGGAGUUUUUUUUAGUGUGGUUUGGAGCUGCUUCGGAUUUAUUUUCCUCAGCUUGGUUUCGCCAAAUCGGAAGUUUAUUUUGAAGUUGUUGCUAACAAAUUGACGCAUUGAAGCUUCGUCAACUGUGAGCGUCCAAUCCGCGGGAUUUCAUUGGGAUUGGAUCUCUUGAGUAUACGCCAUUUAUCGGCGGAGAGAAUAUAUGCCGAGUCUCUCGUCGCUAUAUGUUGCACUUAGUGGAAAAAAAGGCAUGAAGAAUCCAGAACGCGGAAUAUUGUCUGCGUCUAGAGCAACCAGUUUUAUGUUAUCUUCUAGUGUUAUCAUGGGAACCACUUUCUUCAACCAUUCCGAAGUUUGAUGGUCUUUGCAAGAAUGGAUUAGAUAACCCGACUUAUAUGAGCAAUUGAAAAACUUGAGUUUCACCGCUUCAUUUCUUUGUUACUCUAUUGCAGUGAGUAGAGCAUUCUGAACGGAAUCUAGCUGAGCUGUAGUCAGUUCAGCGUUGAGAUAGUUCUCCGGGAGAAUUCCAACUUUGAUCUGCUCUAAGGCUUCUUUGAAGUAGAUUUCAGAUUCGAUAGUGUGUUAUGUGCAUCUUUUUUCUGCUCAUUCAGUCCCGCUCUUCUAUGGAGGCAAAGAUUUUGCUUCGAUUUUUUAGGAAUCGGUUUUUCGUCGCUACUAGGUAGCUCCGAUCCUCGGGGGCGUUUUGUUGACCCAGAGAUAUGCCGACUCAGUGCUUGCAGCCGAGCUUCCUUCUUUUUCCACGCAGAGUGGACCUCGGCUGAAUUUACAACUUUAGAUUCAGUUUUUAUAGUGACGCUACAUUCGUCACUAUCAUCCUCUAGCGAGUCAGAGUGUUGAGAAUGGAAGAGGAGCAGGGCUGAACAUCCACAGGUGCGUCGUUCAGUACUUCAUCCGCUUCUACACUCAUAAAGCCGAUCUCUAUGGAGGUUUUCUCCGAUAGAGAGAGAGGCUGCCGGAACCCGAAGUUUUUUUUAUUGUUGUCAUUUGGAUUAUUCAUAGAAAUCCCACGAGUCUCGCGGUAAAGAAGGUCCUCUACAUCAGUGACCGGCUUAAUGCAGCGUGGGCAGAUGAUACUGUGAAGGGUACCCUGGUACUCUAUAGGCUCCGUUAACGACAGGGUUUAGAUUCAGCCGGAAUACCAGAGCAUUCAUGUCUUAAUGCACAGCUUAUUUUUGAAGCUAUUCCUUUUUCUUUAAAAAAUCUUGUCCUUAUGAUAACUUCUGAAAAAUUUCUCGAAUUAUCUUGCUUGUUCCAUCCAUUCUGUUGACGGUUGCAGCAAUCCUCCCAAUGAUAGGUAACACACAUAACUGUUUGGAUAAGCAUAAUCGUGAUCCAGCAAAGGGUGGGUGGAUAAGUGAAUAAAACGCUCUCGAAGUUUGUAUGUGAGGUCUCCAAGGAUGUUUUGUACGAAUUUUUUUUGCGACAGCACCAACUACAUAUUCGAACCCAUCAUCUCCAGUAGUGAAGUUUGAAUCAUCUUCGUCGUUUUCUACAAACAUCAUAUUAUGGAUAUCGUUUUCUUGUUCAUCAGGUGCUUCAGAAACAGCUGUUUCCGGCGGAGCAUGUCGGUUUAUGUUCUUUCAAUAGAUCCAACACUAGAUAUUCUUCUCCAGAGUAUCUGUCUUUCGUAGAUUGGCCUGAUGACAUAGACUGUAAACUUUUACCAAGUAUACCCAGUCUCAAUCGAUAUAAAAACUGUAAAGGAGACGGAUGAUCGUUUCCUCCACCACUCGUUCUUAUCACUGAAAAAGGGUUUUCGAGAGCAUCUUGAUUUAACUUUGCGGUGAUAACGUAGUUGAUUCUAAACCUUUUUUUUAAUUUUUGUAACGGAAAUGUGGACAUAAAAAUAGUCUUUUGAAAGAACUGUAGUAUAGAUAAAUUAUUAAACCUACGGAAACAACGCCAAAUUUAAUAUUUACCUGCAUACACGGUUUAUCUAUCGGGAGAACGGUACUCAUAAGCUCCACUAUUGCAUCCAAAGCUUCAUCAUGCUCACUGCGACACAACCCGUAUGGUCUAUUCAAUAUCUGACUCUCGCUUAGACAAUGUGAGUUCAUAACAUCUCACCAAUUAUUCGAGAUAAGAAUGAAAUUUGCUAGUCGUUUUGCUUCUGCUGUACCAAUCCUGCGCUACAGCGCCACGGUACACUUUCGAGAUCGUGUUUAACGAUGUUUCCAUCAGACAGCAAAAAUCCAGUAUCGAUUAAGCGGUUACGUAUCAAUUUUAGAACAUGGGAAGCGUCCGCUAACAGAUAUAACUUUCGCUUAGUUUGUGGAUGAAUAAGGAAUGUUUUUUUGUUUUUCAAAACGACGUCUGACCAAAUAUCAACGUUGCCUCCACCACAGUCUGAUACGGCAGCUACGACCUCGAACCCAGCUUCGUAAGCCUUAUUGAAAGCCUCCAUGCAGUGUUGCCACACGUACAGAUUUAUCUGGAAAGGUUCGUUAUUUUUGUUUUCGUUUUUUUCGUUAUUUUUGGUACAGAUUCUGUACGGUACAGAUUACAGAUUUUCGUCAAAAGGUACAGAUUGGUACAGGUUUUUUCCGUGGGUAAAAUUUCUUACAUUUGAACAAAGCUACAUUAAGGUACAUGAUGGCUUUUAGGCCGCAGUAUCGCUUGGUGCGGCAGCUUGAAACUUUUAAUAAAUGAUAGUAUGCAAUCUAGAUUCAGAAAAAACUACAGUCAACUCUCCCUAACUCGAUAUCCAAAGGGACCAUCGAGUUAGGGAGGUAUCGAGAUACAGAACAUUUUUUCCUAAUUUUUUUUUAUGUCUCAAAUUGUCAUAUAUUAGGGUAAGUGUCCCAAUUAUGGUAUGAAUUUGAAUUUUUGAUUCAUUCCUUUAAAGUGAAAAAAACACCUUUCUCAUAUAAAAAAAUAUUUUUUCCAGAAUCUUUCAGGAGGUGAUAGACGGUUAUAUUUCACGAAAAAAAUCCUUCUACGCAUAUGUUAGAAUUUCAACGAUGACAGACUUAUAGAACUUUUUCUUUGUUUCGGAUUCUGUUGGCUCAAACUGACUCUACAUUGAAAAGUAUGCUACGUAAUCCGAUUUUGUUGCUUUCAUUUCAUUCAGAUGAGAAAAUUUAGUACAGGAUAUAGUAGUGGAACAUCUAAGUUAGUGGAUUAAACAUUUUUAAAGUGGAAAAUUCAAAAGUUUUUUUUUAUUUGUAAUUAUUAAUUUUAUCCUAAAAAUUCAUACUAAACUUGAUUGUUUCUAUCAAUUAAAUUAAAGUUCUCUAACCUCUCUACAAUUUGUUCUUUGACGCCCAACUUCUAUCUCUCUUAAUUUCGCUGCAAUAUCGAUAUAAACAAUUCCUGAUGAAGAUUCAAUCAAAAUCUUCAAAAAUCGCGAUUUUUAACCCACUGUACUUAUAAAAGCCACUUAAAUUUCACCUUAAUGCUGAAAGGUUAAUUUUUUUUCUUGAAAUUAUUCAUAUUUGAAUUAUAAAAAAAAAACUUUUUUUUUCAAACUGUAUACAAUCGAGUUCUAAAUUUUACAUAAUCGAAUCAUAUAUAAUCGAGUUUGUAUAUAAUCGAGUCCGACUUGCAUGAGGCACUAGGUUAACAAAGAAAAUAUUGAUUAAGUAUGUUACUCAAACUGAAUUGUAACGAUCACGCAGGAACUGUUCAAUCACAAAGAAAUGUUCGAAUAGUUUCACAGGAACAUUUUCAGUUGAUUUCAAUAUUCCGGACAUAUUCUUCAGGUUUGAUUAAACGUUCGAAUUAACAUCUCAAUAGAACUACUAUCUUCAGCGUUUUUCUCAGGUUUUUGAACACUUUCCAGUAUAUCGGUAUCUGGCAUCAGAUCACAGCAAAUCACGUUUUGGUCCUUUUUGCACUAAUUAUUAAAAGACAUUGAGCAAUCGAACGGUAUUGUACCGUCGACAUCAGCAAGCUCACGACGCAUUUAUUAUGCCAGCGGAAUAUCACUCCCGUCCAUGUUGGUUGUGCUUUGAAGUUAGGAAUUCCCAGUUUCUGGACAAAUUCUCAAGCCAUAUCCCGAAGAAUAGAAGAGGGGUAAAUUAUUCUGUCUAGCUUGACAAGACAAAAAUUCAUUGACCGCUCCAGCUUCUCGAUUCUGACCAACCUUAUAUGCUUUUGGUCUAGAUACAAUUUUCCAUUCCGAUUCCAUUUUUACUUUAGUUUGAGUAGUGUUGAUACCGCACUUUGUGCAAUACUGAAAUUAUUUGCAGCUUCAGACCCCUUCCGUCCAUAUUUUUCGACCUGCUCGAUGAUGCUCAAACCUUACGCAAUGGUUAGCGUUUUGAUUGUUCGUUUCUCGUGGUUUUCCAUACUUGAAAAGAAAUUGUUUGAUGACACGAACACUCCGUCUUCACUUUCAAGGGCAAUUGAAAUCUGAGGUAAUAACGCACAAAAACAUGUACGCGAAAAUCAAUCGAGUUAGGGAGGUGAAAAUCCAUGGAAAAAUGAAUCAAAACAAAUCGAGUAAGAGAGGCAUCGAGUUAGGGAGGUAUCGUGUUAUGGAGAGAAGAAUGCUUGUAAAAUCGAAGGUGCCAUGAAAUCCAUCGAGUUAGGGAAAAUAUCGAGAUACAGAACAUCGAGUUAGGGAGAGUUGACAGUAUGUAUAAGCUACAUCAAACACACAUGUAAAUGUGAUAUUUGUAGUGAAUAAAUGAGUAUUUUUUAUGCUAUAAGUGGAUUUUUCUGUACAAAGAAUAUUUUCGAUGGUACAGAUUUUUGGAAGGAAAAGUACAGAUGAGUAAGAAUUUUAACCCCUCUGGUACAGAUUAAAAUGUGGCAACACUGCUUCCACGAACAAUAACUUUUCCAUCGAAACGUUAAAGGACGCACAAAACGGUUGCUGCCAAUUUCCAAAAAAGCCUCUGAGCACCAUGACCUGCAGGAACAAAAAUAAUUGAUAUGCUUCCAAGUUCAGCACUGACAAAAAUGUUCUCUUUAAUUGAAAUUGAAUAAUGGAUUAAAUUACCUGCACUUUAUUAGUAUGACAACCCAACACGUCAUCGUGUUUCUUGUCAUACUCGUACACUUCACUGACCGACAUCUCAUCGUAACGCAGCACACAUACUUUUCCAAAUUCGGACAUGUCUUGGGAUCUGGCUUUCGAAAAUCCUUAUAGCAUAUCUAUCCCAGAUGCGUACUGUCGGAGGCAACCAAGAUUUUUAGAGAGAUAUUCGUAUCCAGACAACCCGAAAGAUCGCAAAGAAAAUCCUUUUGACAACUCCUCAGUAUUCCAAUUAACUCGCUGUUUUACGCCUAGCAGCAAAUCUGACUGGUUUUUGGUUUGCUUGGCGGAUAAUCUUUCGCGAGCUUUGUCAAUGGCAUAUUUUUUAUAACCUUCUCUCUGAUCUUGAGUGAUUUUUUCUAAGUUGGCCACUCGUCUCUUUUCUUCCACGAGCUGUUGGUGCAACAUCGAUAUUGUACUAUCCAUCUUCCGAAGCUGCUCCUCUCGAUCUUUGAUCCGCACUCCCAUAUCACAAUGGGGAGCGUUAGUAUCGAUAGAUGAACCUGAAUCGUUCAUACUUGAUGUAAAUUGUUUGCUAAAAGCAUUAAUUUGUUCGCAAGAUCGGUUCCGUUGUCGUUGCCUUGUAACAGAUGGAUUUCUAAUACUUGGGACAGCUGAAACAAAAAUGAAUUGUUAUAAUUGUGAUUGUGGUUGUUGUAAAUAUUUAUCUCCAGUCUUGAGCCGCUUUCGCCCAUUCGAUGAUAAUGGAAGAACGGAAUCAAAAUCAGAUUCUUGGAAGUGCUUGGAACAGACGCACAUAUUGCUGGUAUUAACUUUUAAAUCCUGUCCCAGAAACAUGAGCCAACGCUUCUUUAUUUUUCCAUUUAUUGGGAAUCAAUGGAAUGAGAUUGAUUCCCAUGAGUUUGACUCCGUUUUUUUUCUUUCUCGGAUUUCUUUCUCUUGUUACACUUCGGAACAUAACACUUCGACAUUUUUGUGAGGUUUAAUUUUCUGAAAACAAUCCGAUGAUGAUAGAUCACUUUUCAGUUUGUUUUGUCUCCGAGUUCAAUUUCGCGUGCAAAAAUAGACGAGAAACGCGAGAAACAAAUAUGCAAAAUUUACGAAUUUGUUUGAGAUUUCGAACAAAACACCGCAAUUCUGCACGCUAUUUUAUCUAUGUGAGUAAUCUUCGUGUACGAAACAAAAAAUCUGGCUCACCUGUAGUAUAAGUCAAACCACGUUGAUUUGGACCCAACAGUCGUCCCAAGCCAUUCUGGAACGUACAAAUAAAUAAAAUAAAUAAGCAUAACUCAUCUCACGAAUCUUUUUUGGUUUUCAUUUUUAGCUAGAAAUAUGAGAGAUAUUGCGUAAAGCGUAGCCAAUCGAGUAGUUGGAUGUAUGGGUUUUAUAAAAGCAUUCAUAGAAUGAAACAAUAAAAUUCAUCGAUAUCUGAAAAAUUGCUUUUCUCAGAGCGUGGAUUGUUUUAGCAGAGAAACAUUAAAUUAUGUAGCGAAGCAUAUUAGCUGGGUUAAGAACAUUACGAAUAAAUACAAAAAAAAACAUCGUUACUUGGAAUACUUUCUCAGUUUUUCUAACUUUGUUGUUCGCAAGCAAAAUAGCACCGAACUUUUAUUUUUUAUACUCCACAAACAAUGUCGCUCGGUGUGUGAUUCGCUGAUUAAGUAGAACAAUUAUAAUCAUAAUCCUGAUUAAUUCCUUAUUUUUAAGUAGCCAAUUUUUAGCUAUAGGUUAUCAUACGUAAACACGUUAAGCGUAGCUUGAGUUUGAAAUAUGAACCAAAAGAAGGGUCAAAAAUAUAAAUUAAAUAUCACUCACGAAACAGCGAUUAGAAGGAGUUUACAACAAAUCUUUUCUUGAACCGUUCGACCGCAGUACAGCUUGUUCGAUUUCGGUUUAUGGUUAGGAGUUUUAGAAAGAUAGAUAUAUACAAAAUUCAACGCAAGGCCAAACAAUACGUCUACCUAGACACAUCAUUGAGAAGAUUAAGAGCAAAAUCGUGUAAACGAUAAGUAAAAUAUUGUAUUAUAAACCUAAAAUAAGGACGAAACAAUGUGCAUCUUCUACCUGGAUGGAUUUUGAGCUGGUUGGCACAUUUUAUAAUAUCCUUUAAGCCUAAAACAUGUAAGUACUGUUCAAUGAAUUCAACACACAACACUGCUCGGUUAUCAACCGCUAUGAUGUAGGUAAAAUGUAAUUUAUUAUGUACAAUAAGUAUGUAAGAUACGUCUGUUAAUUUAACAACCAAUGCGAUUUAAUUUUUUUAGAUUGAUACUCUUAUUUAUACUAUCGUAUUUAAAAAGAACAAGUUAGUUUUUCUUUUAAAUUGAUUGAUAUGUACGACAGCCCAUCGUAUUUAUUGUCUGAGAAAGAAAGAUACUGUCACAUCCGCGAGUAAACAAACAAUGUAAUAAUUAUAACAAAAACGUAGAUACAUAACGCAUGUAGAUCCAUUUUAUUAGUGAAGAAGUGACAUCUACUGUACUAUUGCUAUAAUUAAGAUACAAGACAUUGAGAAUUAAUAAAAAAAAAUCAU